CGAGCGGCACAGUCACAGCCCCGGUUUCCUGCAUGUGGAGGCAGGACGAAGUGGCGAGAUGUGCUGUAGCUGCUGACAUCACGCCACUUCCUGGAGAUCGGAGUGCCCUGCUGCUAUCUGCUACUGCUGGAGGGCAGCGAAACACGAGUAUCUCCGGUUGUGCUCACAGUUUAAUCUCACAGACGAAAGAGGUGCAAGAAAACGCAUUGGAUUUGUUGCCUAGAAGGAAUGGAGAAGUUUCCUUUAAGGAGGAACACACAGCCCUGGAAAUAAACGAUUACCAGUUGUUGGAAUUGGCUUCUUAAAGAAACCGUGUACAUGUUCUGUAUCUCAGGUUUUAUUUUUUGGAUCUUUCCAUUUUCUGAAAACCAGGACAACAGGACUAUUUCUUUCGAAUGGGAUGAAUGUGCCACUUUGGGAAAUCCAGCGACUGCACAGUAGUGAUCAAGCCACUUCAGCUGCGCUCAGACUGUUGCCUCUCCCAAUGAUGACUCUGAUGCCUAAAUCCACGGCUUGAAUUUUCCUUUUUUUUUUUUUUCUUUUUUUUUUCUUUUCUUUUUAACUUGGAGGGGUGGCUCAAAGGAAUACAAAAAUCAUCUUCAAAGUGGAGUACCGCAAACUUGACAUGGAUAAUAAAAAGAAAGACAAAGACAAAACCGAUGACAGGAUGCCAAGGCCGGGAGGCCGAUCGGGAGGGCCUAAUCCACGGGGUGGCAGUUCCUCCAGCUCAGGAGUUCUCAUGGUUGGACCCAACUUUCGUGUGGGCAAAAAAAUAGGUUGUGGAAAUUUUGGAGAACUUAGAUUAGGUAAAAAUUUGUACACAAAUGAAUAUGUUGCAAUUAAGCUGGAACCAAUGAAGUCCAGGGCACCACAGUUACAUUUGGAAUACCGAUUCUACAAACAGUUAGGAUCAGCAGAUGGGAUACCUCAGGUUUAUUACUUUGGGCCAUGUGGAAAAUAUAAUGCAAUGGUGCUUGAACUGCUGGGACCGAGUCUGGAAGAUCUGUUUGAUCUGUGUGACAGGACAUUUUCACUUAAAACAGUUUUAAUGAUUGCCAUUCAGCUAAUAACUCGAAUGGAGUAUGUUCAUUCAAAAAACUUGAUAUACAGGGAUGUAAAACCAGAAAACUUCUUAAUAGGAAGACCUGGUAGUAAAAACCAGCACAUUAUCCAUAUUAUAGAUUUUGGCCUUGCGAAAGAAUAUAUAGAUCCAGAGACAAAGAAGCACAUCCCAUACAGAGAACACAAGAGCCUUACUGGAACAGCAAGAUACAUGAGCAUAAAUACACAUUUAGGAAAAGAACAAAGCAGAAGAGAUGAUUUGGAAGCACUAGGCCAUAUGUUUAUGUAUUUUCUAAGAGGUAGCCUUCCUUGGCAGGGCCUAAAGGCAGACACCUUAAAAGAAAGGUAUCAGAAGAUAGGAGACACAAAAAGGGCAACUCCAAUAGAAGUACUGUGUGAAAAUUUUCCAGAGGAGAUGGCUACCUAUUUACGCUAUGUUAGAAGGCUGGACUUCUUUGAAAAACCAGAUUAUGACUACCUGCGGAAGCUCUUUACAGAUUUGUUUGAUCGGAAGGGUUUCAUGUUCGAUUACGAGUAUGACUGGGUUGGUAAGCAGCUUCCAACUCCAGUGGGUCCAAUUCAUCCAGAUUCCGCACUGUCCUCUUCAAACAGAGAUGCUCAUCAACACAGGGAUAAAACGCAACAAGCCAAAAAUCAGUCGGCAGAUCACAGGGCAGCUUGGGAGCCCCAGCAGGCCAAUCCCCAACAGUUGAGAGCUCACCUAGCAGCUGACAGACAUGGUGGCUCGGUACAGGUGGUUAGCUCAACAAAUGGGGAACUGAAUACAGACGAUCCUACUGCAGGACAUUCAAAUGCACCAAUCACUGCACCAGCAGAAGUAGAAGUAAUGGAUGAGACAAACUGCCAGAAAGUGUUGAACAUGUGGUGCUGCUGUUUUUUCAAAAGAAGAAAAAGGAAAACAAUUCAGCGCCACAAAUGACUCUGGAAGCGGACAGACCAAGGGGAGUUGCUUACGCAUUCAUCUGCUGUCUCGUGAAAAAACAAAAAAAACAAAAAAAAAAUCAUCUCUGCAGUGACAAAAGAGGAUUUGUAAUUAAAGGAUUUCUCUUUAGACUUUUUUUUUUUUUUUUUUUUUUUUGAUUUCCCGGUCAUUAAAAGCUUUGAAGUCAUCAGGGUUUUUCCUUUAAAAAGUUAAAGAUUGGACAGCCACAUAUUGUUUGGCAUUUAUAACAGUUGCCAACAUAAGGAAAAGAUGGUUGAUUUUUUUUUCCUUGCUAUAUGUUGAAGUAAUACAAGGAAGAUUAGAAUCAAAACUACUGCAGGUCAGACUCUGAUUUCUUGGGAAAUGUUCUCCGAGUCUCUUGGAUGGAAGAUACCCCUUUCUUUGUAGCUAUUUUGUUUCAAUUACUGCACUGAUUUUUUAAUUUAUUCUUUUUUAUUUUGUUCAGUAUUGACAAAUGGUACUGUACUCUUCUGUUGUUGUGAAGCAUUACUUUUUAUUUUUCCUUUCUGAUAUACAGUUGGUACAGUCACUGUUGAGAGGUACCUAGCAAUGAGUUAACAGUUGUUGAGCCUGGGCCCAUUUACUAGGAUGGCCUUGGACUCGUUCCUACUUCUGUUGUACCUCAAAUGGAGAUGCAGUGUAGUAGAAACAGCAGCAUGUGCUUGUACAAUAUUACAAAGUGUUUGUAUUAUGUAACUUGUGCUUCCUGAAGACUUUUGCAGGGACUGAAAGAUACUGUAUGUCGGUAAAGUGGAGUGUGCUUUAAACAUGGAACUACACAAACAAAAGUGCAUUUUAGGGAGUAAAGUUCAGAUUUGGAGCAAAAAGGGACAUUGGGAUGUACUGAUGAAUGUAUACCUGGACAACUGGGGUAGUGUUUAGACCAAAUGUCUUUUAAAACUGGAGAUUUGCCUGUUGCUGGACAACACUGAUUACCCUAUGUUAGAUGACAACUUGGAUGUGCCAUUAAAUGGUGUUAAAAUUUGCCUGUACACAAUUUGCGCUUUGGUUAAUGGUAUAUCAAGAACACAAUGGAAUUGAGUCAGAUAAUACUGCCUUCUGCAUAUAAUAGGUAUAGUACCUGAACUCUACUAUUUAUCUCUGACACUGCCAGGUAAAUGUUUCUAAUGACAGUCAGAGGUGUUAAGAUAGAGACGAGCCAGGUACUUUAUUCCCACAGUCCCUUGAAGUGCCUGCAUUAUGAACAAACCAGCUCUUCUAUGAUAAAGGCAAUUCAUUCCACAUUUCAUUCUGUGCUUUGACAUCGACAAUAAUGGGAAAGGUGUGCUUGAGUGAUUCCAAGACAUCUUUUGCUUUAGAUGACAAAGACAAUUGGGAGGUGAUGCAGAAAAUUGCAAGCGACUGUGGCCCAUCUAAAGAUUAGUUGUACAAUAUUAAUGUUAAAUAUUGUCAUCGAGGACACAUGGAAAAGUUAACAGCUGUACAUUGUGCCAUUAUUUAAUAAUGAAACAAUUGAUGAGCUGAAGCAUUGAUGCAUGCACACCUUUGGGUUCAUUAUUGUAUUUAGUUUACACUGAUCUUUUAUUUAAUUCAUUACAAAAAAAAAUAACUGUGAACAGGCAGCCAAGAAACAACAGAUUGGCUGAACUGGGGGCAUAUGAGUUGUACAUUUUUUCAUGCAAUCCAAUAGUCCUCAUUUUCUGUAGCAGUCACUUUGACAUUUCACUACAUUUCUGAAACCUUACAUGGGCUUCAUUUUCAAUCUUGUUGUAAAGUGUUUUAUCCCCUGACGAGAACUGUCAAAACAUUCUUAUGAUGUUAAUUUCUUACAUUAUAAAACUGACACUGUAAACUCCUACCUUUUGGGCUUCAGGAAAGGUUUGGGGAUGUUAGGGUGGGUUAAUAAACAUGUGAAAACCACCUCAGUUACUACAGUAUUUGACCAAAUCUUUCUUUCCUGUUUAAUUAUUUGUAAAUAAGUGCAGUAUGAGUUCUAAAUUCAUGAAACCAUACAUUAAUUCUGUUCACUUUUUUUGUAGAGCCCCCCUUUUUUGCCUGUACAGUGUUUAUACAAUCUGGAUUUGUCACAGGUAUCAAGGUGUGUGUGUGCGCGUGUGUAUAAUUAAUCUAAUUAUGGACUAUAACCUUCAAAAAAAGAAAAGAAAAUCUCUUUGUUUUGCUGCAAUGGAGACCAGUGCAUAUAUACUUGCUUUUUAGCAAUAUCUCCAAGUAAUGCUAUUGUAUAUCCAGGAAGAUGUCUUUCUGGAAUUACAUACUGGUCACAACUGGAUAAAGCAGCUAGAUUUGGUUAAGGCCAACAAUAUUGUGCAUUCAUGGCUUUCCUGUUCAUACUAAUGAAGUCAACUUUGCCUGACUGUCUAAGUAAUGUAAUACAUCCCUGUUUAAGAAUAUGUAACUGAGGAAAAAUUAAUAAAAGUAGUUUUUUUUAA